AGUCAUAACAUUAUAACAACAUAACAACGCUUGGAUUCCUUAAAUGAAUGAUGAUGCACUGUAGGCCUAUUUGUCGUCAUAGUAUCCACAGUGUGACCAGACACUCUCAGAAUACUGGAAUAAUUUUCUUCUGUGCCAAAUCGUGAAACUAAAAGAAUCACCAGAAACUGGAUCUUCACCAAUAAAACCGUCAGAAAUUCCACUCUUACUUCAUAUUUGGAUCACAAAUCAUAAUGGCUAACAUGCGUUGGAAGUUACGAUCUGUAAUGGGACGGAGGUCAAGAUCUCUACGUUUAUUUGUGAUAACAGGAUUUUUGACUGUUGCUUAUCUUUUAACCUUGGGAACAGCAGCUUUUAGUGUUUUUCCUGCUGAAUUAGACCCAUAUGUUGGAUUAGAUUACAAUUACGUUUCACAACGUAAAUUAUUAAAUGUCAACGGAACAGCCGUAGAUACUCAAGGUGAAUACCCUAGAGAUCUUUUUAGCGAGUAUGAAAGAGAACACGGUGCCGUUAUUCUACAUGUUAUUGGUUUGAUUUAUAUGUUUGUUGCUCUUGCUAUUGUCUGUGAUGAAUUUUUUGUGCCAUCUCUCGGUGUCAUUAUAGAACGCUUGAACAUUUCUGAAGACGUUGCUGGUGCCACAUUUAUGGCUGCCGGUGGUAGUGCACCAGAACUAUUCACCAGUAUCAUUGGUGUCUUUUUUGCAAAAAGCAAUGUGGGUAUAGGAACAAUCGUUGGCUCUGCUGUAUUUAACAUUUUGUUUGUAAUAGGAAUGUGUGCGUUAUUUAGUCGGGAAGUUUUGACACUAACAUGGUGGCCUUUAUUUCGUGAUGUAUCAUUUUACAGUCUGGAUCUGAUAUUGUUGAUUGUUUUUUUUUACGACCAGAAAAUAAAGUAUUGGGAGGCGCUCAUCUUAUUUCUCUUAUAUUUUUGUUAUGUGACUUUCAUGAAAUUCAAUCAUAGAAUAGAAAAGGCUGUGAAGGGCUGUUUAAGGCGAUCAUCUUUAAAUAAAGUUCAAAGUACAGAUAGUCUAUUAAAUGAGAAACCAGAAAGAUCAUGCAGUUUACCUAUUCUUCAUGCAGGAGCUGGGAGAUUCCGCCAUGGUAUGUUACAACUCAUGAUUCAUACAAUAGAUCCAAUUGGAAACGGUGACACAACAAAACAUGAUGAUGAUGCAAUGCACAUGCAUGCAAUUGCAACCCUUCAAGUUCUGAAAGAUUCCAUCAAUGGCAUCCAAAAUGGUGCUUUUGAGAAAGGUGACAAGGACGGCAAUACCAAAAUACACGUCAUAUCAAACGGACAAGUUUCUCCUGACAGUAAUAAAAGUGGAGAGAUGAGAAAGAGUCCGUCUGCUAGUCAGGAAACUACCGUAACAAUGUUAGAGUCACCAGAAGAAAUGAGAGAAAAUGGCAAAGUGACAAGAAGGGAUGUCGAUAUUACCAUGAACAAUAAUAAGCCCAAUGAUGGUGAUUCGACAAGUGACUCCAAAUCAGAGGAUUCACCAAAUUUUGAGGAAGUUGAAGAACCUAUGGAUUUAUCGUGGCCAGAAACGUGUCGUGAAAGAUUUGUCUAUGUUUUGGUGGCUCCAAUUGUUUUUCUCUUGUGGAUAACUUUACCGGAUGUUAGAAGACCGGUAUGUUGA